CGGAGUGGCUCUUGUGGAAACCCGCCGCGCCACAGCUUCGACAGGCCGAGGCUGCGGAGAUGAAGGAACAGAUUCUACGGCCUACGAAUCAUUUUCCAUUUCUGGGAAAAAUUUCAGACGCUACAAAGAACUUUAAGUGAAACGUUAAAGUUAUCAGAAGAGGACUUGAAGACGGGUGGAGACGGUGUAUUUUAUUUUUUCUAAAUUUAAAUGUCUUUGCAGCAGGUGUUAUUCCUCUGCACAUUAUUUUCAGACACAAUCUAUUGCAUCCUAGAAACAAGCCCUUUGUCAUAUUUUCUACGUGCUUAUGUUCGUCACUGACAUGGCAGACUAAGUUACUGAGAUUUUCCACCCGUCCACCGAUCAAUGUACCUUUGAUUUUUCUUCAUAAAAAGACCCAGUACAAUAUAAAACUGAAUCCCUACACGAGAGCCAGGAUGUCCGAGGCGUGGCAGCAGCACGCUGUUGCUCCUCCUCCGGUGGUGCACACCAUACCACCAGGGGCGGAGAACGCGUUGGGCUGUGCUGUCUACGGUAUCGUCCUGCAGCCUGACCCUGCUCUGCAGCAGUCACAGCAGCAGCACCAGCAUGGCCAGCAGCACAGCCAGCAGCAUGGGCAGCAGCAGCAGCAGCACCCUGCCCAGGUACAGCAGCCUUCUCUGCAGGUAGGGGGCGAGGGCGGCCACAAGUGUGGGGCAUGUGGCCACGACAUCUCCCACCUGGCCAACCCACAUGAGCACCAGUGUAUGGUGAGCCAGGACCGCUCCUUCCAAUGCACCCAGUGCAUGAAGAUCUUCCACCAGGCCACUGAUCUGCUGGAGCACCAGUGUGUGCAGGUAGAACAAAAGCCCUUUGUGUGUGGUGUGUGUAAGAUGGGCUUCUCCCUCCUCACCUCGCUGGCACAGCACCACACCUCACACAACAGCACCAACCCCAUGAAAUGCUCCAUUUGUGAGAAGACCUACCGACCAGGCUCCUCUGGAAACACCACGCCCAGCUCCUCUGCCACCAACCCUCAGCAGCCGUCUGCUGAUGGAGCCUCUUCCAGUGGGAGUGCAACAGUGGGAUCUUCUUCCUCAAUUACAUUUCCAUCGGCCCGUGACAGGCCCUACAAGUGCUCUGUCUGCCAGAAGGGCUUCAGGCACCUGUCAGAGCUGGCCCGCCACGAGCGUGUGCACACCGGAGAGAAGCCCUUCAAGUGUGACACGUGUGACAAGAGCUUCAGCCAGUCCUCUCACCUGGCCCAUCACCAGCGCACCCACAGCUCUGAGCGCCCAUACAAGUGUGCUGUGUGUGACAAGAGCUUCAAGCACCGCUCCCACCUGGUGCGCCACAUGUAUGCCCAUUCUGGAGAGCACCUGUUCAAGUGCAACCUGUGUGAACUGCACUUCAAGGAGUCUUCUGAACUGCUGCAUCAUCCAUGCCACCCACAAGGGGCACGCCCCUUCCGCUGUGCCACCUGUGGAAAGGGCUUCAAACGUCCAUCAGACCUGCGGCAGCAUGAACGCACUCACUCUGAGGAGCGUCCCUUCCACUGUGAGGAGUGCCAGAUGAGUUUCAAACAGCAGUAUGCCCUGGUGCGCCACAGGCGCACACACAAAAACCCUUCUGACCGCCCUUUCAAAUGCAACCUUUGCGACAAAGGCUUCCUGCAGCCAUCCCAUCUGCUGUACCACCAGCACGUCCACGGCAUGGAGAACCUGUUCAAGUGCGCGUCCUGCCAGAAGGAAUUCAGUCAGUCAGGAGAGCUGCUGCGCCACAAGUGCGGUGAGUCGUCCUCUUCAUCUAGGGACACAGACAAGCCCUACAAAUGUGACGUGUGCGGCAAGGGAUACAAAAAGAGUUCGACACUGCAGCGACAUCAGAACUCGCACUGCCAAGAGAAGCCCCUAAAGUGCUCCCUAUGUGACCGCCGCUUCCUGUCAUCCUCAGAGUUUGUGCAGCACCGCUGCGACCCGUCCCGAGAGAAGCCCCUCAAGUGCCCCGACUGCGAGAAGCGCUUCAAGUACUCGUCUGACCUGAAUCGGCACAGGCGCGUCCACACCGGGGAGAAGCCCUACAAGUGUGCUAGCUGUGACAAAGGCUUCAAGCAACGGGAGCACCUGGCCAAGCAUCAGAGUGUGCAUUCCAGAGAUGCCCAGUUCAAGUGUGUUUGGUGUGGAGAGCGCUUUGGAGACCUGGGAGCUUUGCAGGAGCACACAGUCCAGCACACAGCUGAAGGAGGGGGUUACCCUGUGCCACCUUGCAUAUAGUUAUGCCCCUCCAUUCUGUACAAGUUCAUAGCAAACGUCCCUGUCUACCAUUAAUUUGCAGCACCCAGCUUAACACACUUGAACUGGGUAUCUCUGGAGUGCACACUCUGGUGCUUUCCAGAGAUGCCCAGUUCAAAUGCUUUGGAGACCUGGGAGCCUUGCAGGAGCACACAGUCCAGCACACAUCUGAAGGAGGGGGUUACCCGAUGGUAGGUUACUCUGUGCCAACUUGCAUAUAGUCACGCCCCUCCCUUAUUUUCCAGUUCAUAGCAAAUGUCCCUGGCUAGCCCUAAUUUGCCCCCAGCAUAUAGAAUCCCUAACCUCACUUCCCAUCUGAAACUGUUAUCAGUCCCCCCUACCCCCAAAAUCCCAUACAAAUGAUCAUUGUCUCAUAAAAUGGAAGUGACAGCUUGUCAUUGUACUGCCAAGUGUCACUGCUUUAGGGCUACCAUCUGAAGGACAGAGGAGAAGAAACAAUCAAGGAUAUGUCUUUCACUUCAAACUCUAGGGUGGAUGUUCUAGUCCAGGGCCCAGUUUCUGAAAAGCAUCUUAAGGCUAAGUUAAUUGUUAGAACCUUUUGUAGGAGCAUCGUUCAAUCUCUGAGCUGUUUCCCAAAGCCAUCGUUAUUGGCGGUGCACUUGAAAACGCUCGUAAUCUAACUCCUGCCUCAGACCACUCGUAGAACAGCGAAGUGCGUCGUUAAAUGCUUUUUUCGUCUUCCCGCGUCACUUUAUAUACACAAGAUCUCCACUAAACUUAGAAUCACAUGGUUUAUCCCUCUCUGUGAACAAAGUUGACUACAAAUGCACAGUCUCCAAUAUCUCUGCAAUUGAUACAAACAAGCAACGUAUAAAAAGAUGCUUCAAAUGAAAACUGAGAUUACUGCACUCAAAUAUACAUACAGUAGGCUAUAGUCCUAUUUCAACCAUAUUGAAAUACAUUUAAUGUUCAGUAAAUUCAGUUCUAUUUUGCUAGCUGUACACUACUGUCUCAUUUGUCUCAGUAUACUGUAUUUCAUGAUGUGUAGCCUAACGUGUGCAGUGAUGUGCCAAAUCAGUGAUAUUUUUGGGGGGGGAGGGGGCAUUUUUAUUGGCAUUAGAAUGGCAUUAGAAUAAGCCGCCUAAAUAUUUGCAGCGGUAGGUAAUAAUAUCUCUCUAGGAACUCAUCCGUAGUCAGUAUUGUGAAAUACUUCUGUUUCGAUCCUAUCAGUAUCGACACAUGCUCCAACGAUGCACUUAGCGACUGUUCUCUCUGUGUGGUGUUUUGCGUAACACAUGUUAUGUCUUCGGCCAUUCUAUGAAAGAUGAAUCGUUAAAACACUCAGAAGCAUAAGUUCCACUGCUUUCGGGGAAACUGGGCCCAGGUCAAUUACCUUCUCCUCUAUCCUUGAAUCAACUGCCCAAGAAGGAAAAAAGGAAAGAAAUGUACAUCACCACAUUAGCCUACAUUUCUGUCUAUGAAAAGCUUUGUAUUUGUACAUAAGUUACCUUGUAGACUUGUAUAGGAAAGGGAAUGUGGACCAGUUCCCCUCAACCUGCUCGACAGGUCUGUAAGUGUUAAGGGUUGCACCAUGAGUUGCUGCAUGCAGUAAUGUUCCAUGCUCUUACCCAGGAUAGACUUGAAUUAUUGCUAAGUUUCAGCACUUGCUACAGUCUGCUGAUGGCCUCUUGCUUUUUUUAUUAUUUAGGAAUCAAUUACGCUGUAUCAACGCUGAUAUAAAAUGUUUUUGUUGGGUGGGUGGGUAGUGGGUCGAGAUUAUUGUGUAUUGGUUACAUUUCCACAACCUCAUAUCACUGUAGUAGCAGUGUAUGUAUAUACACUAAAAUCAGACACCUCUUUACCCUUUGUGCUUUAGUAUUUUUAAGCUUUUUAUGUAUUAGUAUCAACUCCACAACUAUUAGUGUGUUUGUGUUUUUGUUUUUUUAAACAUGAGGGUUUAUUGUGCUAUUGUGAAAUAUUACAUAUGCUUGUGAGUGUAUUUGGAAGUAUCUGUUUGUAUCAAAACACCAUUGUACUGCACCAGAAUCCCAAAGGUGUGGAGAUUAACCAGCUGAAGUUUCAUCUCACUGCUAUAUAGAAAUUGUAUAGAAAUCUAUAUUUCACACUAAUAUACAGUUGAUAUUCCUACCGAGAUCAGUGUAGACUCUGCUGAAAACGUGUAAAAACCUGAUCAAGCUUCCUCUUACUACGUGUGUGUAUAUAGUACAGUAUGUAUGUUUACCAGCUCCACUGUCUGUUUCUAAAACGGCAUUAGCUGUUUUGUAUGUUACUAUUUUUUUAUCAUAUGGGGACUGAAAUGUUUUUUUUUCCUUCAUUAAAGUCAUAGUUAUGAUAGAUUGUAUGUCAAGUUUCCAAGGAGAACAUUGUCUGUAAGCCCUACAAGGAUUCUGACCCCUUCGUGCUCCUUUUGAAAUUUUAUCAUGAAUGAUUGUUGAAUCAUGUCUGUGAAAAUGGAAUCCUGGCUGUGAAGUGGAUUGUAUAAUACAUACAUGGGGUAGAAUUUGGGCAGGUCUGUAGUUUUAGUUAACCCAAUUUAUGUCAGAGAAACUUAUCUGCAGUAUAUUUGUGCAGGUCAUGCUAACUUCUGGUUUGUAUAGCCUUUAAAAAAUAUAAAUAAAAGCUAGCAUCCUUACCAAAAUGGGCUGCUACAGCUUAAUUGCAAAAAUUAUGGAUUUACCCUCUCGUCUACUUAGUAGACUUUUAAGUUAAAUUCAGAAUGGCUCAAAUUGACCUCAAUUUGUGUUUUUAAUGUGUGCAGGUGUUUUUUAAAACAUUUUUUGCAAGUGAAGCAUUUCAAGUGGUCAUGUUUUGUCCCAUUUGGUGGUGGAUUUGUGUUUUGAGUGCAGUAUUGACAGUGUUUUAUGAUGGGAGAAGGUAAUAAUUACUUUGAGGAAGGUUCUUUUUAUAAUCAGAUUCAGUUCAGACUUUUUGGCCUUAAUCUGGGGUCAGGGUUAAUUAGAAACCCAUUCUACUCCAGAUCUGACUGCCUCCAUGUUGUUGAUCUGUUCCUUGUACUCUGUUUUGUUUUCUCCAUUGGCAUCUGAUGUAGGCUAACAUUCGGUGUCAUUUGUCUUUUGUCUGUCUUUUCUUAAAUGUGUUCGUCUUUCAUCCGGCAUUAAGACAACAUAAAAGAGCAGUUAGGAAUUUAUUAUUUUUGUAAAAGUACUGUAUACGUUUUUGUCUUUCUCUUCAGUUUAUUAAUACCAAAUUUAUAUAAACAUUGUUUAAAAUCUAUAUAUAUCUAUAUUCUUGGAAGGAGUUAACAGGGCCUUUGGGAUGUAGGGGGGGUGUUUGUUUGAUUGAUGGAAGGGUCAUUAGGAAUGUGAUUGACAUUAAUUUUGAUCUAGUGUAGUGCAGAACAGUUAGCCCCUGCCUGUUGACCCUGUUUUCUCUGUUCUGUGCAUGCUUGCUGUGUUAGUUCCUGUAAUCUGUCCCAGGUAUUAGUGCUUCAGAUAGUACUUAUUCCUCUUAUCGCUUUUUUUCAAAUUGUAGUAUGUGAAUGACGUAAAAAAAUAUAUUAAAAAAAAAUACGUGACAACGUACAGUAUGUGUACAUUCAUGCUAAGAUAUCUGUAUGUAGCAUUCAAUAACACAGCACUAACAAAUAAACUUUUUUCAUUUAUAAA